UUUUUGUGGCCUUCUGGGUAAAGUAUGUGUCCUUCUCGUCCUGGUGUGCACGCCGCCUGCCUGUUUUGACUGCGUUUUGUGGGUGUCUGAUCCCCCUCUGAAAAAUAUUAAAUUUCGGCACAAUGUUGGCCGCACGGUUUAUUCUCCGUCGUUCCCUCCCUGUUCUACGCCAAGCCCGAUGCUAUGCCGACGCUCCUGUCGGUGUUCCCCAGAUGUCCUUCACUUUCGCCUCGCCAACUCAGGUGUUUUUCAGCGGGGCGAGCGUGAAGCAGGUGGAUGUCCCGACGCUGACGGGGGCUUUCGGGAUCCUCCCGGCUCACGUCCCCACGCUCCAGGUCCUGCGCCCCGGCGUCGUGACCGUCUUCGCUGACGACGGCUCUGCUACCAAGUUUUUCGUGAGCAGUGGAUCGGUGACGGUGAACGCGGACUCGUCGGUCCAGCUCCUUGCGGAGGAGGCCGUGACUCUGGACAGCUUGGACGUGGCGGUGGCCAAGGCCAACCUGGAGAAGGCGCAGGCGGAGCUGCUGGGCGCGGCCGACGAGACGGCGCGGACCGAGCUGCUGAUCAGCAUCGAGGCCGGAGAGGCCCUCGUCAAAGCCCUGGAGUAGAGCGCCCCCUACAGGUGUGUGUUUGUGUGUGUGUGUGUGUGAGAAAAUGCCCUUAAACCGACAGUGAGUGUCUGGCCCCUGCUCAGCCCGGUCAGGACCUGCAAGACGCCUUUGCUUUGUACAGUGGAUGAGAUCGAUAGCAAUAAAAUUUAUUUCGCUAA